ACGCUGAGCGGCCGGUGCCGCGAGCUCUGCAGUGCGGCGGGGGGUGCGCGCAGCUCCGGCUCCGGCUCCGGCUCCGGCUCCCUCCUCUCCCACCCUCACCCCCCCCCGCCUCCCCUCCGUGCGGGCAGUUCCCGCGCCCCGCCGCCGCCAUCAUGGUGAAGGAGCAGUUCAGGGAGACCGACGUGGCCAAGAAAAUAAGCCACAUCUGCUUUGGCAUGAAAUCUCCAGAAGAGAUGCGCCAACAGGCUCACAUUCAGGUGGUUAGUAAGAACUUGUACAGCCAGGACAACCACCACUCUCCACUGCAGUAUGGAGUACUGGACCAUCGUAUGGGUACCAGUGAAAAGGACCGUCCAUGUGAAACAUGUGGGAAGAAUCUAGCUGACUGUUUAGGGCAUUAUGGCUACAUUGACUUGGAGCUGCCGUGUUUCCAUGUUGGGUACUUUAAAGCUGUCAUAGGCAUCUUACAGAUGAUCUGCAAGACCUGUUGCCGUAUCCUGUUGUCCUCAGAGGAGAGAAAACAGUUUUUGGAUUACCUGAAGAGGCCUGGUCUGACCUACCUGCAGAAACGAGGUUUAAAAAAGAAAGUCUCUGAAAAGUGCAGAAAGAAAAGCACCUGCCCUUAUUGUGGUGCUUUCAAUGGUACUGUAAAGAAGUGUGGCUUAUUGAAGAUAAUCCAUGAGAAGUACAAGACCAAUAAGAAAGUGGUGGAUCCAAUAGUAUCCAGUUUCCUUCAGUCCUUUGAAACUGCCAUAGAACAUAACAAAGAAGUAGAAUCCUUGCUGGGGAGAGCUCAGGAGAACUUGACUCCUUUAAUGGUGUUGAACCUCUUUAAAAGAAUCCCAGCAGAAGAUAUACCUCUGCUUCUGAUGAAUCCAGAAGCAGGAAAGCCUUCAGACUUGCUACUGACACGACUCCUGGUACCUCCCUUGUGCAUCAGACCCUCUGUUGUGAGCGACUUGAAAUCUGGCACCAACGAAGAUGACUUGACGAUGAAGCUUACAGAGAUAAUUUUCCUCAAUGAUGUAAUCAAAAAGCAUAGGAUAUCGGGAGCCAAAACACAGAUGAUAAUGGAAGACUGGGACUUCCUACAGCUGCAAUGUGCCCUCUACAUUAACAGUGAGCUCUCUGGAAUUCCUCUUAACAUGGCACCCAAGAAAUGGACCAGAGGUUUUGUUCAAAGACUCAAAGGGAAGCAGGGUCGGUUUAGAGGCAAUCUGUCCGGAAAGCGAGUGGACUUCUCAGGCAGAACAGUCAUUUCACCUGACCCCAACUUACGAAUAGACGAAGUGGCUGUGCCUGUUCACGUUGCCAAAAUAUUAACAUUCCCUGAAAAAGUGAACAAAGCUAACCUAAAUUUUAUGAGGAAACUCGUACGGAACGGUCCCGAAGUUCACCCUGGAGCUAAUUUCAUUCAACAGAGGCACACACAAAUGAAAAGGUUUUUGAAAUAUGGAAACCGUGAGAAGAUGGCUCAGGAGCUCAAGUAUGGUGACAUUGUAGAGAGGCAUCUCAUAGAUGGCGAUAUAGUUCUGUUCAACCGACAGCCCUCUCUGCACAAGCUGAGCAUCAUGGCUCACAUAGCGAGAGUAAAGCCCCACAGGACCUUCAGGUUUAAUGAAUGUGUCUGUACACCAUACAAUGCUGAUUUUGAUGGAGAUGAAAUGAAUCUUCAUCUUCCUCAAACAGAGGAGGCCAAAGCAGAAGCACUGAUUCUCAUGGGGACCAAAGCAAACUUGGUAACACCAAGAAAUGGAGAGCCUUUGAUUGCUGCUAUUCAAGAUUUUCUUACAGGUGCCUAUCUUCUCACACUAAAAGACACCUUUUUUGACCGAGCCAAGGCCUGUCAAAUUAUUGCUUCUAUCCUGGUUGGCAAGGAUGAGAAGAUUAAAGUUCGCCUUCCACCCCCAGCAAUCCUAAAGCCUGUAACCUUGUGGACAGGAAAGCAGGUCUUCAGCCUCAUUCUGAAACCUAGCGAUGACUGUGCUGUGAAAGCGAAUCUCCGAACCAAAGGAAAACAGUACUCUGGCAGAGGGGAGGAUCUGUGUGUCAAUGAUUCUUAUGUUACAAUCCAGAAUAGCCAGUUGAUGAGUGGCAGUAUGGACAAAGGAACCUUAGGAUCUGGAUCCAAGAACAAUAUCUUUUACAUUCUGCUGAGAGACUGGGGGCAGGUAGAGGCUGCAGAUGCUAUGUCACGGCUAGCCAGGCUUGCUCCUGUUUACCUCUCUAACCGUGGGUUCUCAAUUGGGAUUGGUGAUGUAACUCCAGGACAGGGACUGCUAAAGGCUAAAUAUGAACUUCUGAAUGAUGGCUAUAAGAAAUGUGAUGAAUACAUUGAAGCUUUGCGCACUGGUAAGCUGCAGCAGCAGCCUGGCUGUACUGCAGAAGAGACAUUAGAGGCCUUAAUCCUUAAAGAACUCUCUGUGAUCAGAGACCAUGCUGGCAGUGCCUGUCUCAGAGAACUAGAUAAAAGUAACAGUCCCCUUAUCAUGGCUCUCUGUGGUUCUAAAGGUUCCUUUAUAAAUAUAUCCCAGAUGAUUGCCUGUGUAGGACAACAGGCUAUCAGUGGGUCACGCGUGCCUGAUGGAUUUGAAAAUAGGUCUCUGCCUCACUUCGAGAAGCACUGCAAGCUUCCAGCUGCAAAAGGUUUUGUUGCCAAUAGCUUCUAUUCUGGCUUGACUCCGACUGAGUUCUUCUUCCAUACAAUGGCUGGUCGGGAAGGUCUAGUUGAUACAGCUGUAAAAACAGCCGAAACUGGAUAUAUGCAGAGACGGCUGGUGAAAUCUUUGGAAGAUCUUUGCUCUCAAUAUGACCUCACUGUCAGAAGUUCUACUGGUGACAUUAUACAGUUCAUUUAUGGGGGAGAUGGCUUAGAUCCUGCCGCUAUGGAAGGAAAAGACGAACCUUUGGAAUUCAAGCGAGUCCUGGACAACAUCAGAGCGGUAUAUCCAUGUCAAAAUGAACCAGCUCUUAGUAAAAAUGAAUUGGUGUUAACUGCUGAAUCCAUCAUGAAGAAAGUUGAAUUCCUUUGCUGCCAAGACAGUUUCCUACAGGCAUUAACUGAGACAGGUUAUGAAAAAUAUAAUGAGGAGAUUAAAAAAUUCAUCAAAAGCGUUUCUGAAAAGAUCAAGAAAACCAGGGACAAAUAUGGUAUUAAUGACAAUGGCACAACAGAGCCACGUGUCUUGUACCAAUUGGAUCGAAUUACCCCAACGCAGCUAGAGAAGUUUCUAGAGACCUGUAGGGACAAAUACAUGAGGGCACAGAUGGAGCCUGGCUCAGCAGUAGGAGCUCUGUGUGCUCAGAGUAUUGGUGAGCCUGGCACGCAGAUGACUCUGAAAACUUUCCACUUUGCUGGUGUUGCCUCAAUGAACAUCACUCUGGGUGUUCCUAGAAUCAAAGAAAUUAUUAAUGCCUCCAAAGCAAUCAGCACACCUAUUAUCACAGCACACUUGGACAAGGAUGAUGAUUCUGAUUUUGCCCGUCUGGUUAAGGGAAGAAUUGAGAAAACCCUAUUAGGAGAGAUUUCAGAGUACAUCGAAGAAGUGUUUCUUCCUGAUGAUUGCUUUAUACUGGUCAAGCUCUCUCUGGAGCGGAUUAGACUGCUGAGACUAGAGGUGAAUGCAGAGACUGUGCGAUAUUCUAUCUGCACAUCUAAGCUAAGAGUGAAGCCUGGGGAUGUUGCCGUUCAUGGAGAGGCAGUUGUGUGCGUGACCCCUCGUGAGAAUAGUAAGAGUUCAAUGUAUUAUGUCUUGCAGUCCCUGAAAGAAGAGCUACCAAAGAUUGUAGUGCAAGGUAUCCCAGAGGUGUCUCGAGCUGUCAUUCACAUUGAUGAGCAGAGUGGCAAGGAGAAAUACAAACUUCUGGUGGAAGGUGAUAACCUACGAGCUGUCAUGGCCACCCAUGGAGUCAAAGGAACUAAGACUACUUCUAACAACACUUAUGAGGUAGAGAAGACACUAGGCAUUGAAGCUGCUCGAACAACCAUUAUCAAUGAGAUUCAGUACACUAUGGUAAAUCAUGGUAUGAGCAUUGACAGGAGGCAUGUUAUGCUGCUAUCAGAUCUGAUGACAUACAAGGGUGAAGUCCUGGGCAUUACUAGGUUUGGGCUGGCAAAAAUGAAGGAAAGUGUGUUAAUGCUGGCUUCUUUUGAAAAGACUGCAGACCAUCUGUUUGAUGCUGCCUACUUUGGGCAAAAGGAUUCUGUGUGUGGUGUUUCUGAGUGUAUCAUCAUGGGAAUUCCAAUGAACAUUGGAACAGGACUCUUCAAACUGCUGCACAAAGCAGACAAGGAGUCAACCCCUCCUAGGAGGCCCCUUAUUUUUGAUAAUGAAUUUCAUAUUCCACUUAUCACAUAGGAACUACGCAACACCAGUUUGCAAGAACAUGGUAUAAAGCUUAAACUAAAGUGUUUUUACUACUCUCAUCUCAAAAUAAGUUUGAGCUGUGGCUUGGUAAAUGAAAUAUUGUCAUAGGAGUUGGGCAGUUGUUCACUAGUUCCUGACAGAGACUUUUAAAGGAGAUACUCAUCUAUGCAGAAGUAGAAAUUGGUUUAAAAUGAAUGUAGUUGACAAUGCUUAGUUGCUAAUAUGAAAGAAUUUUCCAUGCUACAAAUAUUAAGAUGCAACACACUAGCUGGAAGACAACUGGAGGAAUUGUUACAUUAUUUAAAAUAAAUACUCCCAAAGCGUGGUAAAUGCGGUAUAAUAGGAAUUGACUUUAUUUUCCCUAUGUCAUCACAAAC